AUGGAGAGGGAGGGUGGCGAUGUCGUCAUGCCGGACAUGGUCGUGCCCCCGCCACCGCCAUUUGAAGGGGUGCGAGACAAGCAGCUGGCUGCCCCCCCAGCGCCACCAGCCGGAAAUGAGAUGGUGACGGGCCCGACUCCUGAAGCCCUCACACCAACGCGUCGUCGUCUUGCUAAGGCGGCCUCAGCGCCACGACCACUGGAAGCCGGCGCGGCGAGCUCAUCAGCCCCAGAUGACGAAGCGACCAGCACCGCGCCCGCUGAUUGGGUGCGGGGAGGCGGGACGGGAGCCUUAAACAAGGCGGUCCUAGACGUCCAGGCCAAGCUCCGAGCUGAGGCCGACGCUCUCAUGCUAUGCAACAAGGCAUUCUUGGAUUCGCAGGCCAAUGCCGUCCUGCAGCAGCAGCAGCUGGGCGAAGCCAACACCAUGUUGCGUGCCAAGGAGGUGGAGCAUAGCAAGCUGGCCGAGGAGUGUGACCAACUGGUCACGCAACUGGCAGAGCAGGCGAAGCUUCUCCAGAAAGCUCAGAAGGAGGCGGAGGUGAAAGAGACCAAUCUCCUUGCCGAGUUCGAGACCGAACGCUCCGCUUGGGCCGACAAAGAGACACUGCUGACUAUCGGCUUCGGUAGUAUUGAAGACAUGGUUGAUGACUUCUUCCCUGCCCACUCGGGCGCCGCCAACCAGGCUAUUGAGGCUUAUCGCGAGGAAUGGAGGGCGGAAGACGCGCAGAUUGCUGCCGAUGCCCCCCGGACCCUUAGCGAGCAGCUUCUCAGCAUCCAGGAAGCCCAGGAGGAGUUGGCGGCGGUGGAGCGUGAUCUUGUCAAGCGGACGGCGGCGAUCGCCGAGUACACAAACACCAGCAUCUUCAUCCCGGAGCUGACUGAGAAUGGCACCGAGGCGCUACCAGAGUGGUUUGGGUUGAACUCGAAGGACGACGAGGACUCAGCCGAGGUGAUCGACUCCGGCGACGAGCGAGAAGGCGAGGAGGACGAGGAAAGCGGAGAAGAUGCGCGAGAGGUCGGAGCGGACGGCCAGCCUCAGCUUGACCGUGCCUCGAGCAACGAGCCGCGCUCGAGCACGCCGACUGCUGCUGGAGGUGACCAAGCAGAGACUGACCAGCCGUCCACUCCACCAACCGGCACCACCGACUCCGCCAACCCGCCGGCCCCCUCAGCUGCUCCCUAG